CCACCGGUUCGUUACCUGAAUAUUUCACUUAGGACUCCUAAAACCAAACAAGAACUUUUUUGGCGGAUUUUCCGUUGAUAGGAUCGUAGCCCACGAUAGGGCCAAACGAUAGAACUCUUCUGGUCGUCUUUCUCAAGAAUUCCACCAUGGCUUUGAGCUCGGAGGUCGAUCUGGAACGUCUAAACAUAGAGGAUUACCUCUCGUCUGACUCUAUUCAAGAGCCUUCCAAGAAGCUCCAACUUAGGAAGGAUUUGCUGGACAUAGCUCCGACGUUAACCGAGGCUGCGGGCGCAAUCGUUGAUGAUUCGUUCACUCGCUGCUUUAAAUCGAAUCCUCCUGAGCCAUGGAAUUGGAAUGUAUAUUUGUUUCCUUUGUGGUGCAUGGGGGUGGUGUUCAGAUAUGGGAUUCUUUUUCCAUUAAGAGUCGCAAUCCUUGCAGUUGGGUGGAUCAUAUUUUUUGCAGCCUUUCUUCCGGUACAUUUCUUAGCGUCUGGGCAUAGCAAAUGGAGGCGUUAUAUAGAGAGGGCAUUGGUGGAGAUGAUUUGUGGCUUUUUUGUUACUUCGUGGACUGGGGUCGUUAAGUAUCACGGGCCUCGUCCUAGCAUGAGACCACAUCAGGUAUUUGUUGCCAAUCAUACUUCCAUGAUUGACUUUAUCAUUUUAGAACAGAUGUCUGCUUUUGCGGUUAUAAUGCAAAAACAUCCAGGAUGGGUUGGUUUCAUUCAGACACAUAUCUUGGAAAGUGUAGGUUGUAUUUGGUUCAACCGGACCGAGGCCAAAGAUCGUGAAAUAGUGGCAAGAAAAUUAAGGCAACAUGUUCAAGGUGCUGACACCAAUCCUCUUCUAAUAUUUCCAGAAGGAACCUGUGUAAACAAUCAGUAUACUGUAAUGUUCAAAAAGGGUGCGUUUGAACUUGGGUGUGCCGUUUGUCCAGUUGCUAUCAAAUAUAAUAAAAUUUUUGUGGAUGCCUUUUGGAACAGCAAAAAGCAAUCAUUCACCAAGCAUUUGGUCCGCCUUAUGACAUCAUGGGCAGUUGUUUGCGAUGUCUGGUACCUGGAGCCACAAUACCUCAGACCCGACGAGACUUCGAUUGAGUUUGCUGAACGGAUAAGAGACAUGAUUGCUGCUCGAGCUGGGCUAAAAAAGGUUCCUUGGGAUGGUUACCUAAAAUAUUUUCGUCCAAGUUCCAAGCUUACAGAAAGGAAGCAGCAGAUAUUUGCAGAGUCUGUGCUGCAGCAGCUGAAGCAGUAAAUGUUUUUUUUUUUUUUUUUUUUUUCUGUAUCUGCACUUGAGCUACUUCCCAUCUGAACAAGUCUUUCUGUUGCCUUUGUUCUUUUAAUUUAAUCUAAAUUACAUCUAGCUUCGAGCACCUAGCUGGCCAUCUUAAAACAAGAUACGAGUUACAUGAGCGAGCUUCCUUGUAUUUUUUUUGCUUGUAAAGCAAAUGGUUUUGCUCUCACA